GUUCCCAUCUUAUGCGCCUCCUGCCCGCACGUUACGCUGAUGGUGUAUACCAGCCUAUUCAAGAGCCACAGUUGCCAAAUCCCAGAAGACUCAGUCGUUUGAUUGCGAAGGGUCCGUCUGGUUUGCCCUCGACCACCAACCAAACAGUGCUCUCUGUGUUUUUUGGUUACCAUAUUGCUUUUGAAAUUUUUGACUCAAGAACCCCUGGAUGUCCUCCUGAGUUCAUGAACAUCCCAAUACCAAAAGGAGAUCCUAUCUUUGACACCUCUGGCACCGGGAAAGUAUUGCUGCCAUUUCAGAGAGCAUCUUGGGACAAAGAGUCCAGCCAGAGUCCCAACAACCCUCGUAUACAGGUGAACCUUGUGACUGCUUGGAUCGAUGGCAGCUCCAUCUACGGGCCUUCCUCCUCUUGGUCAGAUGCCCUGAGGAGUUUCUCUGGAGGGCUCUUGACUUCGGGCUCCGAGUAUAACAUGCCAAAACAAGAGGGAGGGCAUAGUCUUAUGUGGAGUGCUGCUGACCCCUCUACAGGAGAGCAUGGACCCAACGGCCUUUAUGAGUUGGGAAAUGCCUGGGCCAAUGAGAACUUGUUCACGGCAGCAGAAGGGAUCGUUUGGUUUCGCUACCACAAUUACAUGGCCUCCAAACUUCAUGAGGAGCACCCUCAAUGGUCAGACGAAAACCUAUUUCAGAAUGCCAGGAAGAUCGUUGUGGCCACGUUGCAGAAUAUUGCUCUAUAUGAAUGGCUUCCAGCAUACCUCGGAAACAAGAAGCUUCCUCCUUACCCAGGGUAUCAGAAAUUUGUCGAUCCUGGCAUCUCUCCCGAAUUUGGGGCUGCUGCCAUGCGCUUUGGUAUCUCCAUGGUCCCACCUGGUAUUUACAUGAGAGACAGAACAUGCCACUUUCGGGAGAUUAUCGACAUAGGCGGGACUUCAUCGCCUGCGAUUCGUCUUUGUAACAGCUUUUGGAAGCGUGAGAGUCCCAAUGUGAAAUCAGGACAGGACAUAGAUGACCUCAUCAUGGGGAUGGCCUCCCAGAUUGCAGAGAGAGAAGACAAUGUUGUUGUGGAAGACCUAAGAGACUACAUGUAUGGUCCCUUAAGGUUCUCCCGGUCCGAUCUGGUGGCCCUGACGGUGCAGAGAGGGAGGGACUUCGGCCUCUCCAGCUACAUCCAGGUCAGGCAGGCUCUGGAUCUACCUCCUGUAAAGACAUUCGAGGAGAUUAACCCCGAGCUCAACAGUGCCAACCCGCAGUUGCUUCGAGAGGUUGCAGAACUUUAUCACGGAGACAUCUCCAAACUUGAACUAUUCCCAGGAGGGCUGCUUGAAGCUCACAAUGGCCCGGGUCCGGUUUUCUCUGCCAUCAUAUUGGACCAGUUCGAGCGUAUCAGAAAUGGGGACCGUUUCUGGUUCGAGAAUAGACAGAAUGGUUUGUUCACAGAUGAGGAGAUCCAGGCGAUCCGUUACGUGACGUAUCACAAUGUCCUUACUGCAGUCACCAGCGCGGAAGCCAACGAUGUGCAAAAAAAUGUUUUCUUUUGGAAGGACGGUGACCCUUGUCCUCAGCCUGUUCAAGUGAUUGCAUCAGCGCUUGACCCCUGCACCAACAUCACCAAACUCGACUACUUUGAUGGGAGCGAAGUUGGUUUUAGCAUAUCUAUCGUUGUCCUGUUCCUCUUCCCUGUUGUGAGCUUUCUAGUGGCUUGUGUGGUGGCACAUUUCCACAAGUCCAAGUCCAAGAAAUACCAAAAGAAAGGAAAAGCUGAUGACAGAACAGAGGAGCCCUCUGUUGGAAUCAUGGCCUAUGAGUGGCAGGGCCCUGAGAAGCCUUUGCAUCAGGUCAGUGUGGAGAUCGACGAGAGGAGAAGGCUGCAGGUGUUUGACAGGGCUGGUCCUCCCCUUCGCUGCCUCAUCCUCGGUAAUCAGGCCCACCUCCAUCUAUUCCUCUCCAAUGACGGCGAUCGCAAAGAACUGCUGCUCAAAGUGCCGAAAGAGCACGACUUGGUGCUGUUUUUUGAAGACGAGUGCAAGCGUGCAGAAUUUGUCGAGCAGCUAUGUCCAGACGCCGACAACAGCAGGCAGGAGAUCACAGUGAAGGAGAUGAGAAGGAACGAGCUGCUAAAGGAGGCUUUGACCAAAGAGCAGAGGGCUCAGAUUGUGGAGACCUUCAUUAGACAUGCCUUCUGUAAGAUCUUGGAGAUAGAGAAGGGUGAUGCCGGCUUCAUAAGUGGUGUGAUCCGCAAGAAAACUAGGGAGGUUCUCCAGUGUGAGCUGAGCGCGUCAGAGUUUGCAGAUGUACUGCAACUUAAACCGGACUCUUUAUUCGUGGACUCCAUGUUCACCCUAGCCGACAAGGAUGGCAAUGGUUACCUUUCCUUUCAGGAGUUCCUUGACGUAAUGGUCAUCUUCAUGAAAGGGUCCCCUGAGGAAAAAUCCAAGCUCCUAUUCUCUAUGCACGACACCAGUGGAAACGGCUUCUUAUCCAAAGAAGAAUUUUCCAGGAUGCUCAGGUCCUUCAUUGAAAUCUCCAAUGGUGCUCUGUCCAAGAGCCAGGUGGAGCAGGGUAUCUCCACCAUGAUGCGGGCAGCAGACCUUGACAACCAAGAGAUAGUCACUUGGGAAAACUUCCAUUUCCUCCUGCGGGACCAUGAGAAGGAGUUGCAGUUUGCCCAGCUCAAUGUCAAAGGGAUGGAGACGCAGGAGAAGAAAAAACUGAGUCGAGACCUAAGAGUAUCCUUCAUUUGCCCACAAAGCAGUGGCAACAAGAAAGAUGCCCGUGAGCUGCGCAGACGUCAGGGGAAGAAGCCCGACCUCGAAACUCCAAGGGUCUACGUGAAGCCAAAGCGUGUACCAUACCUAAGGAACCCCAUCCAGCAGAAGAUCCAGCAGUUCAAACGCUUUAUUGAGAAUUACCGUCGUCACAUAGUGUGUGUCAUCAUUGUUUAUGGCAUCACUGCAGGCGUGGCGCUGGAAAGAUGUUACUACUAUGCUCUGCAGGCCGACUCCACAGGUAUCCCGGAAACCUCGAUCGUAGGGAUUGUGGUGUCUCGUGGCUCAGCAGCGGCCAUCUCCUUCUUGUUUCCCUACAUGCUCUUAACCGUGUGUCGCAACCUCAUCACACUGUGCCGAGAAACCUUCCUCAACCGUUACAUCCCCUUUGAUGCCGCCAUCGAUUUCCACCGCUUCAUGGCUAUGACUGCCAUCGUCCUCACAGUCAUUCAUAGUUUGGGUCAUGUAGUCAACGUCUACAUCUUCUCUAUCAGUGACCUAAGCAUCCUGUCCUGUCUCUUCCCCAAAGUCUUUUUCAACAACGGAUCUGAACUCCCCCAGAGCUGGAAAUGGUGGUUCUUUCAAACAGUCCCAGGAAUGACGGGUAUCCUGCUUCUCUUAGCUUUUUCUUUCAUAUAUGUUUUCGCAUCCCGCUAUUUCCGCCGCAUCAGUUUCCGUGGAUUCUGGCUCACGCAUUACCUUUACAUCAUUGUAUACACCCUGACUGUCAUACACGGAAGCUUUGCCUUGAUUCAAGAACCACGCUUCCAUAUCUACCUGAUCCCCCCGGCGCUGCUCUUCCUGCUGGACAAACUGAUCAGUUUGAGCAGGAAGAAAGUGGAGAUCCCUGUGGUCAGAGCCGAACUUCUCCCUUCAGGUGUGACACAUCUGGAAUUCAAGCGCCCGCAGGGCUUUGUGUAUCGUUCAGGCCAGUGGGUUCGUAUAGCGUGUCUGCUGUUGGGCACGGACGAGUAUCACCCAUUUACCCUGACGUCAGCGCCACACGAAGAGAACCUCAGCCUGCACAUCCGUGCUGUGGGACCCUGGACCAAUCGACUAAGAGAGCUCUACUCCGACGAAAGCGAGGUCGAGCGUGGCACCUAUCCAAAGUUGUACCUGGACGGACCGUUCGGAGAAGGCCAUCAGGAGUGGAUUGACUAUGAGGUUUCUGUUCUGGUGGGAGGAGGGAUUGGAGUCACCCCAUUCACCUCCAUCCUCAAGGACCUUGUGUUCAAGUCCUCCGUCAAGUCGAAGGUUCAGUGUCAAAAGGUAUACUUCAUCUGGGUGACACGGACACAACGCCAGUUUGAGUGGGUGUCCGACAUCAUCAGAGAGGUGGAGGAGUUGGACACCCUCGACUUGGUGUCAGUUCAUAUCUACAUCACUCAGCUAGCGGAGAAGUUUGACCUCCGCACCACCAUGCUGUAUGUGUGUGAGCGUCACUUCCAGAAGGUGUGGAACCGCAGCCUGUUCACCGGCCUGCGCUCCGUCACUCACUUUGGCCGCCCUCCCUUUGUGUCCUUCUUCAGCUCCCUGCAGGAAGUCCAUCCCCAGGUGGGUAAAAUCGGUGUAUUCAGCUGUGGUCCCCCCGGACUGACCAAAGGUGUGGAACGGGCUUGCCAGCAGAUGAACAAGAGGGACCAGGCACACUUUGUUCAUCACUACGAGAACUUUUGAGCUGUUGGCAGCUCAGUGCUUCACGGUGAUCAGUGACACACGUUCUUGCCAAAUCUAAAGUGUGAUGUGCUGAACAGCUUACCAACUAAAUCAGGAUAGAAGCUUCUGACAGGUAGUAAAUGCUAAUA